AUGUCUGAUAGCAAUUUAGUGGAUAUGGAGCCCGGCGGCGAAAGCACCCAAUACGAAUCUAUUCGGACAGUGACCGUUACGCCGAAAAAAGAAACCGGGCAGUUGGGUAUGGGCAGCCCGCAUACGAAGAGCGAGAUGAGCAGGUUCUGGGAAGGGGAUAGCACAGAUACGAAGCCUGAGACCGACGACGAAGAGUGGGCACGGCAGCAGAACUUCGGUGGCUUCACGGGGCAAUUCCGUGGACAGAAAGAUCGAACUGCCGACGAUGACGCUGCCGCGGCGAGGGCGAGGAGACAACAGGGGUACGGUCCCGGGUCAGACGUCGGGGCAUAGACGCCUACUCAGAAGAAGAUGAUGAUGGAGAAAAGUUGAGCAUGAAGGCGGUCGAGAGCACUAUUGCGAAGGGGGCACG